AUUAGUAGUAGUAUUCUGGUCAAUGGUCAAAAAAAAACCUGAAUCUUUGUUGUUCUUGUUUCCUCCUCCUCCUCACUGCAAGUUUCUUUUGUCUUUUUGCAGUUUUGCUGCCACACCCGGUUUCCUACUUUCCAGUUAAGGGUAAUCCCAUUAUAAUAAAGCUUAACUCUAUGAAUUUGCUCUACAUAAAGUCAAUCUUUUUGCUCAUUAGAUUAUCAAUGCAGAUAAGUAUGGGAGGAAUAAAGUUUGUUUACAAUAUUUUUGGGCUGAGAUUUAUACGGGUUAAAUCCCCAACCCGGAGCGUAAAGAAUUAUGAAUUAAAAUCCCCUGUUUCAGCUCUCCCGCCUUUUUUCCCCCUCUUUUCUGAGUUUCUUCUGCAUAUAAAUUCACAGAUACCCUGAAUAGGACCACUUCGUCUUCCUUAUUAUAUAUCUCCAUUCUCCACCCAAAUUCCCAAUCAUCAUUUCCUCCUCCCCUGGCAUUGUUCUUUUCAUUUCCCCAGAGAAAAAAAAAAAAAGAAAGAAAGAUUCUUUCUUUGAAGAAUUUGGAACCCUCUUUCCAACUUCUAAAUUAAUUAUCCAUCUUCUUCCUCCUUCUUGGAGUUCCAAGAACCCUUUAUCCUAAAAUCUUGAUAACCCAAAAAAAUACCAGAAAUGCCAAAGAUCGACGCCCUCCGUCGGUUUCUUCUCCCCUGUAUCCACCCAACCACCACCUCACCGGUUCAUCCCGCCACCAACAACCACCACGUCUCCACCAAGAAGCGUAUCAGCACCUCCCUCCGGGACGACCUCGAUGACCAGCCACUUCAUCCUCCCCAACAACACCCAGAAGAAGACGAUUCAUCAUCUUCCGGGUCUCCGACCCCGGCCGUCGCUUCGAUUCCGGCCGUCCCGCCGCGCUCUUCCAAAACCAUGGUCAUCGGAACAAUCUUCGGCCACCGCCGUGGCGGCCACGUUUGGUUCUGCGUCCAACACGACCGCCUCAACACCAAACCUUCCCUUCUCCUCGAGCUUUCCAUACCCACCACCACAUUGAUUCAAGAAAUGAACUGCGGCCUCGUCAGGAUUGCCCUGGAGUUCAAGAACGAGUCGCCGGAAUCGGAGUUCAGCCGCUGCCCUCUCCACUCAAUCCCGGUCUGGACAUUGUUCUGCAACGGCCGGAAACUCGGGUUCGCCGUCCGCCGCAAGGCCACCGGUCAAAAUCGACUCAUGCUGAAGACCAUGCAGUCAACAACAGUCGGAGCGGGUGUGAUUCCAGCCGGACCCGGAUCCGUAUCCGAAGAGAUCAUGUACAUGAGGGCUAAUUACGAGUGCGUGGUGGGGAAUGCUGAUUCUGAAUCGUUCCAUUUGAUCAACCCGGAACAGGGGCCGGGUCAAGAACUCAGCAUCUUCUUGCUUAGAACACGGUGAACACGCCAUUCGGGUCAGAAGAACAGGGCAUGAACAAUCCGUAUUAGUAUUUGGGAAGAUGGGUUGGAGGAUAAUUUGGGAAUCGGAAGAAAAUUGGAAAAUUAUCAGGUUUUCUGGUUCUGACUUCUGAGAUUUCUUUUUCUCCAUCUAAAGCUUCGGCAAGAAUUUGUCUUUGGAACAGGGGAAGAAAUCUGCAGCUUAAUUAUUUCUUGAUAAUUUUUUUGUUCCUCUUUUUUUUUUUUUUUGGCUGGAUGAUGAUGUUAGUAGUAGUAGUAGCACAGUACUAGAAAAUGUUAAAAUUCUUUAUUCUUGUAAAUCCUGGGGAGGAGGAAUAGUUUUGCUUUUCUGCUGGAAAUGACUUGGAACAAAAAAAGAAAGCAUAAAAAACCAUCAUUUCAUUCAAAGUUCGUUAUGUUAAUUUUUUUGAGGAG